AUGGCUUAUCAAAAUCCCCCACCCUUGUUAUUCCUCAUUGUGAUUCUUCUCACAUUCUCUUCAUUUUGCUGCAACACAAUGGUUUUCGGUGCCCGCGAUCUUCAGGAGAUUCCUAAGCUAGAAAUCCCCCAACUUCCCACUUUCCCAACUUUAUUGCCACACCCUGAACAUCAUGACCAGCCACUUCCAAUGCCGGAACUUCCGCUUGUUCCCGGCCAUCUCCUGAACGUCCCGAAACCCGAACUCCCAAAGCUCGAUGUUCCACACUUGCCUGAGCUGCCAAAACUCGAACUCCCCAAGCUUCCGGAACUGCCACAUUUCCCCAAUGUCCCUGAGCUGCCUAAGCCUACAUUACCAACCAUCCCAAUUAUACCAAAAGAUCAGAAACUGAAUCAUCCUUGA